AUGCUGCCAGAAGAUUUACAGAAAAAAGUUGGCCAGCUUUUUGCGGUCGGCUUCCAUGGUAUUGUACCGAGUCCAGAGAUCAAGACUUUGAUCCACGAGUACGGGAUAGGUGGCAUUGUCCUGUUCAAAAGGAAUAUUCAAAAUGCAAUGCAGCUCCAGUCUCUCACUCUGGCUCUGCAAGAGGAAGCUAGACUGGCAGGACACGAAUAUCCUCUCUUUAUAGGAAUUGACCAAGAGAACGGACUGGUCACCCGGAUCUCACCACCUAUUGCUGCUCAGUUACCCGGACCAAUGGCCCUUGGAGCCACCCAUUCGCCAGAAUUGGCGUAUCAGGUUGGCCAGGUCACCGGUGAGACGUUGAGGUUCUUCGGGAUCAACAUGAAUUAUGCCCCUGUCUGCGAUAUCAAUUCAGAGCCCUUGAAUCCAGUCAUAGGCGUCCGGAGCCCCGGAGACGACCCGGAAUUUGUUGGUCGGUUUGCAAGCGCUGCUGCGCAAGGACUUCGAGAACAGAAGAUCAUUCCCAGUGUCAAGCAUUUCCCCGGACACGGAGAUACUGCGGUGGACUCCCAUUAUGGGCUUCCAGUGAUACAAAAGACAAGAGAGCAACUGGAGAGAUGCGAGCUGAUCCCCUUCCGUCGAGCUGUGGCAGAGGGUGUUGAGGCAGUGAUGACUGCGCAUAUCUCCUUACCUGCCAUCGGUGACGGCAAACUGCCUGCCACGCUCUCCGCUGAUGUCUUGAGCAUUCUCCGCAAUGAGAUGCAAUAUGACGGGAUGAUCAUUACAGACUGCCUCGAGAUGGACGGGAUUCGAGCCACGUACGGUACUGAACAGGGAGCAGUUCUCUCCUUGGAAGCCGGUAGUGACAGUAUCAUGAUAUGCCAUACAUUUGCUGUCCAAGUAGCCUCAAUCCAAAAAGUCUGCGAGGCCGUACAGUCUAGUCAGAUAUCAGCUUCACGUCUGGACGAAGCAUACCGUCGCGUGGUCAAGUUGAAGAGCAACUUUCUAAGCUGGGAUACAGCGCUCCUAACGCGGAAUCUCGAUGAUCUGGUUACGUUGAACAGGAAAGCUGCCACGCUUGCAAACAACGCCUAUUCACUUUCAGUUACCCUUGUCCGCAGUGAUCCUGAUGUCUUGCCUCUAUCAAAAUCGGGACACCUUAUACUGCUGUUCCCAGGGGAAAGAACCCCUGCAGGAGGUGCAGUCGACGGGGAGGGUUUAAGGAUGAAAGGAGCUUACGAUGCCACGGUGUUCGGCGAGGUCUUCAAAGCCCACAAUCCAGCAACUGUUGAGCUUCACUACGGCUCCGCAGGACUAUCGACUGAGCAAUACAAGCUUGUCGAAGCUGCUGAUGCUGUUGUUCUCAUCACCUUCAACGCACGAGAGUCGCCCUUUCAGAGAGAGAUGGGCCUGAAGCUCGCUCAGCACACUCGAAAACUGGUUACCAUAGCCGCUUGCAGUCCUUACGACUUUUUGGACGAUGACAGCAUCAAGACGUAUAUAACUACCUACGAGCCGAUGAUUGAGGCUUUCACGGCCGCGGCAAAUAUUCUUUUCGGUGCCAUAAUCCCAAAGGGUGCCCUACCGGUUGGAUCAAAGAAUGUCGCGCUGGGUUCUAUCCACGUGUCGCCAUUCGAAGCCGCAAGUGAUCUGACUGAACUGGUGGAAGUCUGGAAUACUGCCCUGCCGACAUAUCCACUACCAGCAGACAGUCUUAACAGAUUUUUGACCCAGGCCAACGGACAUCACUUCGUUGCUCGACUAGAAUCAAAGAUCAUUGGCUUCUGCGUCAUGUAUAUGACAACUAACCGAGGCACGACGUGCUGUCAGCUGGCUGUCCUCGCAGUCCACCCCAGCUACCAACGCCAGGGUGUGGGCACAGCCUUGAUCGCAGAAGCGCGGACGUGGCUUAUGAAGAAUUACAAACCAUGUUCCCUAUCACUUGGAAGCUCAUUCCCACGGUUCUGGCCCGGUAUUCCGACCGAUCUCGGGCAAGAAGUACAAAGGUUCUUCGUUCACCGCGGUUUCCGUCUCAACCCUCUGAUUCCAAGAUCUGUCGAUCUGUACCAGGAUAUCAAAGAUUUCCAGCCUCCAGAAAAGUACGUCGCGCGUGCUAAAGAGCGAGGCUUCACUUUUGCCCCUCUUCAGCCCGAGCAGUAUGAAGAGUGUUUGGCCGGCCAAAAGAAGAACUUCUCCUACAAUCCGGCCUGGGUCGACAUGUAUCACAAGCUCGAUCCUAAAGAACACCCCUCCAGCAUCAUGGCUGCGUUCGACUCGCACGGGAAACAGGUAGGUUGGACGCUGAUGCUGUCACCGUCGUCGCCGGUCCUACAGCAGAACUGGGCCCUCCCACCCCUCUGUGGGCCCAAGACCGGGCUGAUCGGCUGCGUCGGAGUCGAUGAAGAAUAUCGUAAGGCAGGAGCCGGACUUGCUCUCCUCUGCCACGCGAUCGAGGACAUGAAGCAACGUGGAGUCGAAGGAGUCUUUGUGGAUUGGGUCAGUCUUGAGGGAUGGUACGAGCAGCUUGGGUUCAAGAUCUGGCGCAGCUAUAGGACCGGUCAGAUGUAG